AUGGCUCCAUCGGUAGACCAGGCUUCGGCUGCUCCGGCAGCCAACUCGCCGUCGUCGCUCGACGAUGUCUCCAAGGUCAAGUCGGCGCUGCUCAGCGCGGCCCACUCGACGCCCAGGAGCGGCUCCCACACGCCCAUUGACCACAUCAUCGCAAACACGGCCGGAUACACCGACACUGUCUUUGAGGGCAAGGCCGACCAGGCCGCCCAGGUCAAGAAGCUCCUCUCCAGCAAGGGCUUCAUCCGCCCCGAUCUCGUCGACGCUGAGGUCGAUUGGUUCUACCAGAACCUCGGUAUCGAUGACACCUACUUUGCCCUCGAGAGCGUCGAGACGGUCGCAGACCACGUUCUCGCGCUCUUUGGCGCCAAGAUCAUGGCCUACACCAAGCACUCCAACAGCCUCGAGAUCGACCUCGAGAAGGAGUCCGAGAACGGCGCCGUCUUCAUCCACUCGUCCCAGGCCGGCAAGUCGCAGGCAGAGGGCCCCCAGUGGGAGCGCCGCAUCGACGCCAACUACCUCGACAAGUCGUCCGUCGAAAAGGCCUACCGCCUCGAGACCUACCGCUCCGCCGGCUCGGUCUCGGCCCAGUCGCAGCAGCAGCUCCGAUGCUACUUCCUCGCAAAGUGCAACUUUGUCGAGCCCCGCCCCGCCCCGGACUCGCCCAGCUACGCAGACAUCCGCGCCGUCUCGGACAAGACCUUCCUCACCAAGGCCAGCGACAACACGCUCGACAUCUACCAGAGCAUCAUGGACGAGGUCCUCCGCCGCCAGGGCCCCGUCAUCGAGAUGUUCGAGGUCGAGGGCAGCCGGGAGCGCAGGAUCGUCAUCGGCUACCGAAUGGGCACCACCAACAGCUUCUUCAGCGCCCUCUCGGACCUCUACCACUUCUACGGCCUCUUCUCGUCGCGCAAGUACGUCGAGCAGUUCUCCAACAACGUCACCAUCAUCUCGAUCUACCUCAACCCGCUCCCCGCUUCCAACAGCCCUCCCAUUGAGCACUCGAUCCACCAGGUCAUGAAGGAGGCCUCCCUCAUCUACGUCCUCCCGGACAACCCCUUCUUUCAGCCCGCUCUCGCAGAGAACACCCACGCCGUGCAGGAGGCCACCUACGCCUACGUCGGCUGGCUCUUUGCCCAGCACUUCUGCAACCGCCUCGGCCAGGCGUACCAGUCGCUCCGCAACGUGCUCAACGAGAACGACUCGCAGCAGGCCGCCAUCCUCAACGAGAUCAAGCUGCGUUUCCGUGAAGAGACCUUCACGCGUCAGUCGAUUCAGGAGGUCAUCGAGAACCACCCGACCCUCAUCCGCCUGCUCUACGUCCACUUUGCCAACAUCCACUACCCCGGUGGCGCCGACGACCAGGAGCUCGUGCCGACGCUUUCCUACCAGAGGCUCGUCAAGGAGGAGGUGCUCGACGACAACCAGAUGUACGACCGCAUCCGCAAGGCUGCCACCAACUCGCACGAGCGCCAGGUCCUCGAGGCCUUCCUCUUCUUCAACAAGGCCGUCCUCAAGACCAACUUCUACACCCCCACCAAGGUCGCCCUCUCCUUCCGCCUCGACCCCGGCUUCCUUCCCGAGGUCGAGUACCCGGUCAAGCCCUACGGCAUCAUCUUUGUCGUCGGCGCCGAGUUCCGCGGUUUCCACGUGCGCUUCCGCGACGUCGCCCGAGGCGGCAUCCGAAUCGUCCGAUCCAGGAACCGCGAAAACUACUCGAUCAACCAGCGCACGCUCUUCGACGAGAACUACGCCCUCGCCUCCACCCAGCAUCUCAAGAACAAGGAGAUCCCCGAAGGCGGCGCCAAGGGCACCAUCCUGCCCACGCUUGAUGCCAACCCCAAGCUCGCCUUUGAGAAGUACGUCGAUGCCAUCCUCGACCUGCUCAUCAAGGGCCAGACGCCCGGAGUCAAGGAGGAGAUUGUCGACCUGCUCGGCAAGGAGGAGAUCCUCUUCCUCGGCCCCGAUGAGGGAACCGCCGACCUCAUGGACUUUGCCGCCGAGCACGCUCGCGCUCGCGGCGCGCCCUGGUGGAAGUCGUUCACCACCGGCAAGACCGCCGCCACUCUCGGUGGUGUGCCUCACGACGUCUGGGGCAUGACUUCGCUCUCGGUGCGCCAGUACAUUAUCGGCAUCUACCGCAUGCUCGGUCUCCGGGAGCAAGAGGUCACCAAGGUCCAGACGGGCGGUCCCGACGGCGAUCUUGGCUCCAACGAGAUUUUGCUCUCCGUCGACAAGACGGUCGCCAUCAUCGACGGUAGCGGUGUCAUCUACGACCCCGUCGGUCUCAACAGGCAGGAGCUGGUGCGCCUCGCAAAGGCUCGCAAGAUGAUCUCUGAUUUCGACGCCAGCAAGCUCAGCUCGAACGGAUACCGUGUGCUGGUCGAGCAGAACGACGUCAAGCUGCCUACGGGCGAGAUUGUUCCAGACGGCAUUGCUUUCCGCAACACUGCCCACCUACGAUUCAAGGCCGACCUCUUCGUGCCUUGCGGCGGCCGACCCGAGGCGAUCAACAUCUCCAACGUCAACCAGCUCUUUGACCAGGAUGGAAAGCCGCACUUCAAGUACAUUGUCGAGGGUGCCAACCUCUUCAUCACCAGGCAGGCGCGUCUCGAGCUCGAGAAGCGCGGCGUCAUCCUCUACCCGGAUGCUUCGGCCAACAAGGGUGGUGUCACGUCGUCUUCGCUCGAGGUGCUCUGCGGUCUCUCGCUCGAAGACGCCGAGUACGUCGAGUCGAUGCUGUUCAAGGAUGGCAAGCCGACCAACUUCUACCUCUCCUACGUGCGCGACAUCCAGACCAUCAUUGGCCGCAACGCGCGCGCCGAGUUUGAUGCCAUCUGGCGCGAGAACAUCGAGACGGGCAAGCCGCGAUCGACGAUCUCGACGGAGCUCAGCACGACGCUCAACAAGCUCUCGGAGGAGCUCGAGGCGACGGACCUCUUCUCGAACGAGCAGCUGCGAUCCGCGGUUCUGGGCCAGGUGUUCCCGCCGACGCUGAUCAAGAAGGUGGGGCUUGCCAAGCUCAUUGAGCGCAUCCCCGAGGCGUAUGCUCGCUCUGCGUUCGCUGCCAAGGUGGCUGCCAGCUUCGUCUACGCCAACGGCCCCAACGCCAGCCACGUCGACUUUUACAAGCACAUUUCGACGCUCCUGUCGCAGCCUGCGCCCGCUGCCGCGACGGCGCAGCACUGA